CAGAAUUUUUUAUCUGUGAACUUGAUGGGUAUAAUCGAUAUUAGAGCGAGAAAAGUCGAUCGAUUUUCACUCACUGAAGAAGUCGAAUAUGAUGAAAAUGCUGAUCAAGAAUUCGUAGGUUUACUAGCAUUAUAUAUUGAGAGGCGAUUUGCUGUG